AUGAACGUCACAAUAUCUACAGUCAAGAGGAGGGCAUGCGUUGCAUGCACGACUGCCAAGGCGAAAUGCACGCCGCAAGCUGUCAACCUGUGCCAGCGGUGCGCCCGGUUGGGAAAGUCAUGCACAUACCUUGACCUUCCGCAGAUCAAGAGGAAGCAUAAGGCUGCACCGAGCCGUGUGGAGGUGCUAGAGAAGAAGGUCGACCAGCUGACGUCGCAGUUGGCUGCCUUAACCCGACAGAACGGACCCGAUACUUCUAAUCAACUCACCAAUAACUUGGGCUCAUCUUGUGACCCUGAGCUAGAUUCGACAAACAUUGUCGCACUGUUAGAGGUUGCUCAAGACCCGUCCCACGGCCUCAAUCCACCGACCAGCUCCAUUCUAGAAGGCCAACCGUCUAUCGUAGAUCAAGGGCUUUUGAGUGAAGCCGAGGCUGAACGCUUAGUUAUGACCUUUCAUACUGACUUGGUGUCCACGUUUCCCUUUGUAUUGAUUGCGAACGGCGAGACAGCCGCUCGCCUUAGGGACCGAGAGCCUUUUCUAUUUUUGUGCAUUGUGGCCGUGACCAUGGGCAGUGCGCAUCCUCUGCGCAAAAUAGUUGCCGAGGAGAUUAUGAAGCAUAUUACGUUGAGGGUCGUGGCACGGUCCGAGAGGAAUCUCGAGUUGUUCCGUGGUCUGUUGGUUUACAUCGCAUGGUACUCAUAUCCUGCAGAGAGAUAUCACCCGCAACUUUUGCUGUUGGUUCAGCUUUGUGUUUCGAUGUUGUAUGAUUUGGGACUUCACAGAAAGCCUAGUCCGAAUUUGGAUGAGCAGCGGGUGCUGCUUGGUACGUAUUGGCUGUCGGUUGGUUUAUGUGGCACACUCGGCCGGCCGGUUAUUAUGAAGCAUGAUGUUCGAAUCGAUGAGUGCAUUGAGGGUAUAAUAUCUACCGAGCAUCUGUCGGAUCGGUGGAUUGCGCCAUUUAUCCAUCUACAGUCGUUCUUGGCAACAGUGGAUGAAGUUUACGCUUCGAUGCAAUCAAGCGGUGGAACGGUGCUAGUUCAAGUUACGCGCGGCUCUCUGCAGCGGAAAUUUGAUAGCGUGAGGGAAUGUAUAGAAAAAGAUAUCUCAAGCUACCCCUCAUCAACAGAGAAUGCAAUACGCACUGAGAUCAAAUACGUGGAAAUGCGGCUCGAGGAAUUAUCUCUUCGGGGCGAACUGUGGAUUGCGGAGCCUACCAGCGCAGUCCGGACAACGAUGCUGGUAGGUGUAAUCCAGCGAAGCAAGGAACUCAUUCACAUGGUCAAAAACCUACCUGUGUCGGAGAUUGCCCAUAUAACAAUAUCUACAAGUGCUCGUAUAUGUGCCGCAGUGGGCUACAUACCCACUGCAGUAUUGACCCUUCUCAAUCUCAUUACUAGCCCUAUCGACUCUUCCAUGGAAGCCCAGGUGCAGGCCGUCGUUGACGCAGCAGAGUAUCCCAAGGUUGUCACAGAGCUUGCCAACGCGCUGGAGACGAAAUGUGAGGGAAUGUCUGCUGCAGAUAAAGAGACAGAUAUUGUGGGGAGCCUUUGCUCUAAAAUGCGGCUAUUAGCACGUUGUUAUCCAUAUCAAAUCAGGGCAAUUGUUGGAAGUGCGCCGUCCCAAGAGUCUAUGAUAGCCGUUCACAACAAUGAAUUUGCUGUGACACCUCAAGUCUGGCCGGAUGGAUCUACCUACGGCGAUCUGGACGACAUGUUCCCUAUCGACGACAUCCAGUGGGAUUCUCUAUUGAGUGAUUUUACUGGUUUUAGCUAG